CUAUUAGUUGGCAGCGCCAAUAGUGCCGCUUUUUUCAUACGAACGCAGCCAACUUCGCGUUGGAAGUGCUUUAGCUGGUAUCUAACUUUUUUACUUAACUUCCCGGUGAAUUUAAUUUAUUACCAUUUAGAUUGCGAAAUAUAUAAUAAUUUGUUAAGAUCAUUAAAAGUGGGAAGCUUUAUUUCGUUGAAAUAAGUGAACGCAUUUAUUUCAAAACUUUGAGAGUUGUAAAAUUUAAACCGGCAGUUGCUUGUGCUUGUCUGCGUUGCUGCCAUUGAAGUUUUCGCCGCUGUUGCUUUGUUGUUUUGGCGCCUUUCAGCCAACGCUAGCAGAGUGAGAAAUACAUAAAACCAUGGUGGACAGAAGUGAUAAUGCUGAAUCUUUUGAUGAUGCCGUUGAGGAACGUGUUAUUAAUGAGGAGUAUAAGAUAUGGAAGAAAAAUACUCCUUUCUUGUACGAUUUAGUUAUGACACAUGCUUUGGAGUGGCCUUCAUUAACAGCGCAAUGGCUUCCAGACGUCACGAAACAGGAGGGAAAAGAUUAUUCAGUGCAUCGUUUAAUUUUGGGUACUCAUACUUCGGAUGAACAAAAUCACUUGCUCAUUGCAAGCGUGCAGUUGCCCAGUGAAGAUGCUCAAUUCGACGGUUCACACUAUGAUAAUGAAAAAGGUGAAUUCGGAGGAUUUGGUUCUGUAUGUGGGAAGAUCGAAAUAGAGAUCAAAAUCAAUCACGAGGGAGAAGUGAAUCGUGCGCGUUACAUGCCACAAAAUGCAUGUGUUAUUGCAACGAAAACACCAUCAAGUGAUGUGCUUGUAUUCGACUACACAAAACAUCCUAGUAAACCCGAACCAUCAGGUGAAUGCCACCCAGAUUUACGUUUACGUGGACAUCAGAAAGAGGGUUACGGACUCUCAUGGAAUCCCAAUUUAAAUGGCUAUCUUUUAUCUGCGUCUGACGAUCAUACUAUUUGCCUUUGGGAUAUAAAUGCCACGCCAAAGGAGCAUAGAGUUAUCGACGCAAAGAAUAUAUUUACCGGACAUACUGCAGUAGUGGAAGACGUUGCCUGGCAUUUGUUGCAUGAGUCUCUAUUUGGUUCAGUUGCUGAUGACCAAAAACUUAUGAUUUGGGAUACUCGUAACAAUAAUACAUCGAAGCCGUCACAUACAGUAGACGCACACACAGCCGAAGUAAAUUGCUUGAGUUUUAAUCCAUAUUCUGAAUUUAUUUUGGCCACCGGAUCUGCAGAUAAAACGGUUGCUUUGUGGGAUUUGCGAAAUCUUAAGUUAAAAUUGCAUUCCUUCGAGUCGCACAAGGAUGAAAUUUUCCAAGUACAAUGGUCACCGCAUAAUGAAACAAUCUUGGCUUCGUCUGGUACGGAUCGUCGACUUCAUGUUUGGGAUUUAUCGAAAAUUGGUGAGGAACAAAGCACUGAAGAUGCCGAAGAUGGUCCACCAGAGUUAUUAUUCAUACAUGGUGGACAUACGGCUAAAAUAUCAGAUUUCUCAUGGAACCCCAACGAGCCAUGGAUAAUUUGUUCAGUCUCCGAGGACAAUAUCAUGCAGGUUUGGCAAAUGGCCGAAAAUGUUUAUAAUGACGAAGAACCCGAAAUACCAGCAUCAGAACUUGAGACAGCUAAUGCUUAACUAAGUUCGAAGCACUCCUUUUAUAUACAAGCAAAUGUUUUUUUUUAUCCAAACAAACAUGUCAAUCUCUGUAAGUGUGGAUAUAAUAAUUUUGAUUUAUAUUUAAAAAUAAAUGUAUGUUAAUUUGAAAUUUAUUUGUUCGCUGUAUUAUCGCGUUAAUGUUCAAAAAGUUCUAAUUAAGUUGGUCUGUGAACAACGCGUUGUCUCAAAUAUGAAU